CAGGCUUCCCGCUUCUGCGGAGUAGGACCAGCAAGCUCGGUUGUUUGACGAAGUAGCUUCUUUUGACUUUUAUUUGUGUCCAUCAGAAUCGAGUUACAGUGCGAGGACGAACUGAAUCCGGUCAGUAGCAGCUGUUUCUGCAAAAUAAAACAAUGCCGGCACAGCUCGAGAGCCCGAGUAAGAAGGCCUUCGGAAACAUGAUGCUGCCGUCUGAGGAGGUCAUCGCGCCGAAGGCUGAGACUGGCUCGGGGAAAUCUGCUGUACUAGAUCACAUACAUGUAAAUGCACAAAGUUUAAUCGAUAUAAGGAUUCGUGGAUGCAGCAGGAGCUCUGUUUUGUUAAUAUCCUUCUGCCAGCCAUGCAUGAAAGAUUUUCGGAGCCACGGCUACUCCUUUGCAAAUAUUUAAACAUUGUGUGCAGCCACUCUUGCUACAUAAAAUUAAAACUCAAAACUCUCCCAGAACAUCGCCGACCAGGAAUCUUCUUCAUCCUUCUGGACUACCGUACUCGCCGGACUACAAAACGCAACCGCGGCUAGCGCCGAAUCCACAUCAACCACGAUACUGGAACAAUCCUCCCGGUCUACCCUGUGUAAAAACGUGUCCACCUCCUCCCCGGAAUUGUGAUGCGGAUUUGCAAAGACAGGAACAUUUGCGACGUGCAUGAUCCCCAUGACAGGCAUUCUCAGUCGCGUCGUGGAACUUGUGAUGCUGUAAACAGAAACAGGAUAAACUGGCGCUCCAUCUUGCUACCCUGCACCACCCAAAGGACUGCAACUUGUCUUGCGUGACUCCCAAAGCGUCGGGAUUUGUGUUGCCAAAUUCCCAUCGUAAAUCUGGGGUGUGGACGUUUUUGCAAAGGAUACACUCCGAGUCCAAAGCCAGCUCUGCUUCUUCCAGCGGGGCGAGCUACUUCUGUAUGCAUUGCAACAGGAAAUCGCAUUUACUAGUACAGGUAGCAUCACAAAUUUUUGCAGAAGGGAGAUGCAAUUUGUAAUGCUGAUUCAGAUACUCGAGUUGCAUUUGUCAUGCUAUACUGCAACCAGUACGAGUGCGAGACUUUUGCAAUUCAUAUUCUCCCUGAACCAGCAGAAUUUGAGCGUGAACUACGCUAGUAGCAGACCGGUGUAUUCCAUAUCCUCUGCAAAAGUAUCGUACUUAGUAUAAAUCGCAUGGCAAAUUUCCUCCGCAUGAAGAAUGGAAUUUGUAAUGCGGAUUUACCUUUACAAUAAAAUUUGUAAUGCAUAUCUGCGAUUACUACGAGUGCGAUGCAGCUUUUGCAGUUCAUAUUCCAAGGAGGAUUACGAUUUGGUGAAACAGGAGUUGGAGGAAACGAAGGCGGAGCUGGGGGACUUGAAACAGAAGUUUUUGGAGAUGAAACGGAAAUCCAUCUUCGACCAUUUUGUCAAGGUGUUGUCGGACACGGUCAGCUGCAAGUGAGGAGAUUUGGUGUGGGAGGUAGAAAGAGUUGUUACGUAUGCACCAAACCUUGAUAUCAUAUUGAUUUCAAUUUAAAAUAUCUCAUGUGCUGUCAUGAUGUGCAAUAUAUACAUAACAUUCGAGCUGCGUCGUAACACGUUUGCAAUGCCAAAUCAAUACAAGAUGAAAUUGCUGUAGUUUCGCACGACCGAUCAUGUCUUCUAAGUUAUGUUUAUAGUUUCACAGCGGCCUAUCCUAGAAAUACAGCACGCAUUGUUUCACCAAAAAGAAGUGCAAGCGCUUGCUCGUUCGGAAUAAGGCUAUGCAAAAUAGUUUGAGGACAGUGCUAAGUCCUCGUCUGAUGCGAGGAAGAAGUGUAGAAAAGAUAACAGAAGUACUCUGUGUGUGCAAGGAGUGAAUCAGCUACAGAUAAACAAACAGCUGAAAGACUUCUUGGCGCAAGGGUAAGAGAUCGUCAAUAUUCCGUGCAAAAUAACAGAAUCCAAGUAAACAGUAACAGUAAGUGGCUCAUACCGUCCAUGCCGUUUCCACCACUAUCAUCGGAUUCGGCAAUUUUGAU